GCCCGGACACGGAAGAAUUGGUCCCUAGGACGCUCCCACUUUGGAAGCGUAGGAGGCGGAAGUGGUGGCAGGUUGUAGAUUUUGAUCUUGGUCCCAACUGGUUACCUCGAACCAGUUAGAACCCAAGAGAGGAAGAGGUGGCUCUGCAGCUGCGGCUGAGAGGCCGAACCCCUCUACCUGUCCUCGAGGCAGGAGGGGGGUCGGGGGGAGAAGCACCGAUCCCGGGGCUGAGGAGCCUUCAGGACCGGGUCCCGUAGCAUGGGGGCCUGGAUCGCGUCCCUCAGCAUGGAGAGCUGGAGCUGCCGAUGCCCUCCAGCCGGGUCCUACUCCACUGUCAGGUCUAAAGCGCUAGCGCUACUCGUGCAGCCGUGGCAUCAGUAGCCAGGUCCCACUUGUGGUCCUUGGCUGGAAAGAUAGCAGCAUGAGUUGCACCGCUACCUAGUUUCCUACCCCUCCUCUGCUCCCUCAGUUCUCCUUCCCCUUCCUCUCUCCUCUUCCCCAUACCUCGUACUUCUUUCUUGCCCCAUUACUCUCCUGUCCCCUGACCCGCAUCCCCUGUCCCCUUUGGCCCGUCUUCCUUUACCACUACAGCCCUCCUCUUAUUCACUCUUCCUGCUUUUCCAUCUAUCCUUUUCCCUCCCUUGUCCCCAUUUCCUUUUUCUCUCCAUCCUUGUCUUCCUUCCAUCCCUCUUUUUUCCCUCCAUCCUCUCCCUUCAUUUCACCACAGUCUCCAUCCUCUUCUCUUCACCAUUCGCCUUCCCUCCUUGUCCUCCCUUACUUUUCUCCGCCCCUAGCCCCCGCCCCCAAGCCUCCGCCCCUUAGCCCCCGCCCCCAGCUGCCAGUCCCCAGCAGCUCAGUCCUGCAGUGAGAGACUUGGGAGUCCAUAGCUAAGCACCAGGAGCUGAGCAUUGCCUGCUGCGCCUGCCCGCAAGUCUCGACAUGGCUCAGGAGAAAAUGGAUCUGGACUUUGAGCCUGACACCUCUGAUGUGGGAACCCUGAGGAGAUCUAACAGCGCUCCCCUGAUCCAUGGGCUCAGUGACUUUUCGCCGGUUUUUGAACCAUAUACUGUUAGAGGACGGAGAAAUAGUACAACCGUCAUGAGCCGUCAUAGCUUGGUAGGUAUAGAAUUGCUGUCAUCCUCACCUAAUCGUAUUCCUAGUAGCAGACUGCAACAAAUCAAAAGGGAAGAAGGCCUGGAUCUGAUGAACAGAGAAACUGCGCAUGAAAGGGAACUACAAAUGGCAAUGCAGAUAAGCCAGUCUUGGGAUGAGAGCUUGAACCUGAGUGAUAGUGAUUUUGAGAAGCCGGAGAAAUUAUAUUCUCCUAAGAGAAUUGACUUCACUCCAGUUUCUCCGGCACCUUCACCCACCAGAGGACUUGGAAAGCAAUGCUUUUCACCAUCCUUGCAAAUGCUUGUGAGCAGCAGUGGAUUGCCAUCAAGCCCAGUUUCUAGUCCAAGACAAUUUUCAAGCAGGCGGAGUCAGAGUCCAGUCAAGUGCAUUAGGCCCAGUGUUCUUGGUCCUGUUAAGAGAAAAGGUGAAAUGGAGACAGAAAGCCAGCCCAAGAGACUCUUCCAAGGCACCUCCAAUGUGCAAUCUGGGGAGGCCACAGAGUUAUCUGAUCUCAGUUCAUGUUCAGAUAUUUUGGAUGGCAGUAGUAGCAGCAGUGGCUUGUCCUCAGACUCACUGGCUAAAGGCAGCGCUCCCGCAGAGUCUCCAGGAGCAUGCUCCAAUCCAUGCUCUCCGCUCAUCUUGAUGGAUGAUCUCUCACCCAAUUGAUUAGUCAUUUCUGAUUCAGCGUUUUAACUGCUGUUCUGACAUAAAAUGUUUAGUGAGGCACGCAGAGAACUUUGAUCCAUAAUGAGGAUUAAAGUUUGGCAGAUUUCAGCUAUCCCGAUGCUGUUAACUUUUUUUGGCAUCUCUCUUCUCUAAAAUUCAAUUUUGCAAUUGUAUUUAGACCUUACUAACUUCUAUUUUUGGUGAUCUGAUUUUGAAUUUAGUGGCUAAAUCUCAAACACUUAUUUUUGAUUGCUUAGAGGAUUUUUUUUUUCUUAGUGCCUCAAAGAGCACCUAUUUUAAGCCUAUGCAUUUAAAGAAGGCACUGAUACACUCUCUAUCCUGGUUCUUUCCUCCAGCAGUGAUACGACAGAAUUGAUCAGAAAUUCUCUUGCUUGAGAGAUUAGUUUUUGUUGUUCUCAGUUGACUACAUAGUUUCAAAUCUCUUCAUUUCAUAGUAAUAUACAAAUUGCUUUGGGUUAUAUUAAAUUUUUAUUUUUCUGCAUCAGCUUAAAGUACAUUGUUUCAUUUCCUUUUCCUGUUUGAGCUGCUCAUGCCAUUUCUCACAGAGGGGAAGAAACACAUAGUUGCUUUCAUUACUACCCUUUUUGCUUCUUUGCUGUUGGAAUGUGUGAAGUGAGGAUUAAUUUUUGUGCUGAGAAUGUAAAUGGAUUUAUAGGGUGCCCAGAUCAGUCACCACAGGUUCUUAUGACUUUGCUACCAUAGUUGAAAUUUCCCCCCCCAAACCUGUUGCCCUAAGGAAUAUAUAAAAUAUUAUUGAUAUUUCUAGGUGGUGUUAUCAAGGAGAAGAAAUUCCUGCCUUGACCAGAUGUGUGGAGCAUCUACAAAUGAAUGAAUAAUGUUAUUAACACACAAACCACUGUGUACUAAAGCAUCCGUGGAGCUGUCAGUACCUUGGGUGGUAUUACGAGGCCUCAGGUGCCUUGGAGUAUAUUGUCGUGCUGUAAGGGAUGUUUAUCAUAAGGUAGGGUGACAUAGGGGGCUUUAUGUGUGUGAUUGCCACAUACCAUUUUGGUUGCUGCUUUUUUUUUAUUCCUUUUUGUCCUUGCAUUUGUUUGUUCUGUCGUGUGGUGAUUGGUGUUUUGGUUAUUACGUUGCCACUAGAAUCAGAAUCCAGUUCUUGUUCACACUGCCUUAUAGUAAAGAGCAGUUUAAUAUGUGUGAGGACGCUUUUAGGAGCUGAAAAAGUCAAUGUUAUUGUGCAUUCUGCUUUUAAGAAGUUGUGUGAGCUAUGAGCAGUGUUCGUGCUAGUCUUAAGUGUGAGGCACUGUAAGUUAUUUAGUUUUGCAAAGAGAAAACUCCUGACUGAGCUAGUUCAGAAAUCUGAGUGUAGUCUGUUGUUGUGUUCUUUCUAAUUUAUAACUGUGUGAAAUGUCUGUCAUGAGAGACUUCUUUUAAUGUUCAGAUGUAGCAGUUGGAUUGCCUGUAUUUAAUGUGUAAAUUUGCCUGCUAAGAUCGUAAUAUUCCAUUCUUGAAUGUAAGAAAUGAAAACUGCAUUUGUGUCUUUCGAAGGCAAAAAUCCUUGGAUUUUAAAGGAAGAUGAUGUGUUUUGAAGGUACUCACAGACUAGUAAUAGUAUAUGGCUUGAAGGGAAACCCAUUUUCUUAUAAUGACUGACAAGGGAGCAUCACUUAGCUUGCAGUAGUGCUGUUAUCGCAUCAGGUGUGUUCUUUAAAAUGUAAUCAUAACGGCCAUUAAUGGCUUUAUUUCUUGUGCUCUUGCCUGCGCAAAUCCCAUAAUCCUUCAAACCUAACGUAAAUGUAUCUAUUAUGAAGCUUGUCCCCAUGUUGGCCACUAUAAAGAAAAUUUCUUUGAUGGUAUUUAGUGUCUCUACUCUGCUUAUAAAGAUCCAUGUUGAAAUGUCGCUGCAUCUAUAAUGAUAAUAGAUGGUUUUGUCUUACAGGAGAUUUAUCCACCUUUACUCUACUGUCUUCUUUGCCUUAAAGGGACACUUUUGGCCAUCAUUUUUAGGCUAUGAUUUAGAACUGUUAAGAAAGAACUUUGAGAUAUGAUAUUUACAUUUGUUUUUGAAAUUCAGUGGAAGGGUAGAACUGGAGCAGAAAAUUGAAAUUGUUCUGAUGGCAUGAGAACUAAGAGGUAAAAUGAUUCACUUUACUAUUUAAAUCAAGGUUUGCGUUUAGUUUUUAGUGUUCAUACGGACUAGAAAGUUAAGUUUGCGCAGGGAUUGUUUUUCAAUAAGUAAAAGAUACACUAACCCGUAGAUUACCUUUGUUGACGGUACCGUUUCAUUUUUAUAGAGAGACUAAUAUUUGCAAAAGAUCAUUGCUAUAAAGUAAAAUUCUCUCUUCCUAUUCUAAUAUUAUAUCAUAUAUUUCAGGCUUCUAUUUGCAAACAAGUAUAAGAGAUGAUCAAUAAGAAAAUACUAUAGAUAAAACUGUUUUUGCUUGAUCAACUUAUAUAAUCACUAUAUUUCGUGAUAACAGCUUUUGGAAUAAUAGAAAGUUUUGUGAAAUGCCAGCCUUAUGUAGAAUGCAAAUUUAAUAAAGUGUGUACAUGUAUAA